AUAAAAGAGAAAAAUAAGCUUUUACUGAUGUGGGGGCGAGAGCGAGGCAGAUGAUGUGCUCCUCCGCAAUCCAGAAGUUAUAUGUGAUGGCCUCCAAGCCCCAUCGCCUCCGUCAAUGGGCAAAUUUCCAGAGCUCAGCUAAGAAGGCCAGGACGAUGGCGACUCAGUCUUCUCUCAAGGGCGCCUUCUCCACCUACGCCGAUUACCUCAACAAUCUCAAUGAAAAACGCGAAAGGGUAGUAAAAGCGAGUCGAGACAUAACCUCGAACAGCAAGAAGGUUAUAUUUCAGGUGCACAGAAUCAGUAAAAACAACAAAGAGGAAGUCUUGGAGAAGGCACACAAUGAUUUAGCAACUGUUAUGGAUCAGUACAUAGCUAGACUGGUAAAAGAGUUGCAAGGCAGUGACUUUUGGAAACUACGACGGGCAUACUCUCCAGGGAUACAGGAGUACGUCGAGGCCGCCACUCUCUGUAGAUUUUGUAAAUCUGGGACCCUUUUAAAUCUCAAGGAGAUGAAUGCUUCUUUGUCAUCACUGAGCGACCCAUCUCAUGAACCUUUGCAGAUUAAUAUCCUUGAUUAUAUUCUUGGGCUUGCAGAUUUGACAGGGGAGCUUAUGAGGCUGGCUAUUGGUCGAAUAUCAGAUGGUGAACUUGAAUUUGCUGAAAAGAUAUGUAAAUUCGUGCGUGAAAUACACCGUGAGCUGACCCUUUUAGUGCCACACAUGGACGAACCUCAUGAUAUGAAGACGAAGAUGGAGACGAUGCUGCAAAGUGUGAUAAAAAUUGAGAAUGCUUGCUUUAGCAUCCACGUAAGAGGAUCAGAAUAUAUCCCACUGCUCGGAUCUGAUGUCCCAAGUUACUCUUUGAUAGGGGUUGCCGAGGGAAUUGAUCUAUGAAGCGGUUCUGAGGUCGAGAUGUAUCGAGUUUGCUUCUAGCGAAGAUCUUGGGGCCCAAAAACAGCAAAGCUUCUGCAACAACUUAAGGGGAAGGAGCUCUGUCUGUCAUGUAUCCUAUUGAAAACCUCCCUGCUGGAUCCUGUUUUACUUGUGGCAGGUGGUGAACGGUAUGUUGUAAUUGAGCUUA